GGGAAAGAAAUCAAACCAAACCAAGAUCCUUGUUUGCAGCGCGCGGGGGGUUAAGAGGAGAGAGAUUCACAUCCUCCACCGUCGAUCUCCUGUUGUGACCUGCAAGAGAGAGAAAUAGAAAUGGCGGCUGCUGCUUCGCCAAUUCUGGCUUCAUUUCCAACCACCGUUAGAGUCAGGGCAUCGUCGUGGGACACCCAACCCCGUCUCAGUUACACCCCCCAUCGCACGUACCCAAAGAAAGAUAAAGACUCCUCCACAGCCAUCGCUUCAGCAUCUUCUACCCCUUCAAGGUCGACGACCAUCAUCAACGUUUCUCCUUUGGAUCCAACAACCCUUCUUCUUGCACACCUCAAUCGGACUACUUCCAAGGCAGUGGAAUCGGAGGAGAACUAUCUAGGCUAUGAGGUAUGGUUGCCGAGCCCUCCCAAAGUGGAUAAACCUAGGUCCACGUACAAUGCGGCCUCAUUGGCAUACAUCGGUGACUGCAUCUACGAGCUAUAUGCUCGCAGACAUUUCUUCUUUCCACCUUUGAAGAUUGAAGAAUACAAUGAUCAUGUGAAGGCCGUUGUCUGUGCGGAGGCACAGGAUGCCAUUCUGAAAAAACUUCUCAAGGAAGAAUUUUUAUCCAAUGAAGAAAGGGAUGUCUUGCGAUGGGGUAAAAAUAUUAUUUCAGGCAAGACACGAACCAAAAAACGUGCUGGUUCUGCAGUUUACAACAGAGCAUCUUCUUUAGAAACACUGAUUGGGUAUCUAUACUUGACAAAUAUGUCUCGUUUGGAGGAGGUCAUGGUACAGAUGGGAUUCUCAUGCCAGGCUUCUGCAUCGAUCCUUCCGCAGCUAUUGGCGAGCAGCAUUGACAAUGGGAAAUGAGCAUCAUUAGUUAUUUAUAUCAACCACCACAUGCAUGAUGUAGCUUUGUUUGUGCCCAUUUUGAAGAGGGCACCACUCUUAGAGAUAGCCAACAACAUCAUCUAAAUGAUUUCAAAAAUACAGACACAAUGUAAAAGAGAUGUAAAAUGAUCUCUAACACCCAUAUGGAGAUAAUCUGUUCAUGUUUUAGCAUGGGUUCUGUUUCUAUUAAAUACUGGAAGCUUGUAGAGAUUAUUUCAUAGUGCAUGCAGAUUAUUUGGGUAUA